UAUUGCAUUCUUGAGAUCUUCAGCAACCAUGGGGUAUCUAUCUAGCCUUUUGGGAUAUGGCCACAGUCACAAGAAGAAUAGGAGGCAGCUUCAGACUGUUGAGCUUAGAGUCAGAAUGGACUGUGAUGGCUGUGAACUCAAAGUGAAGAAGGCCCUCUCCUACAUGAAAGGAGUCCAGUCGGUGGAAAUCAACAGAAAGCUAAAUAAGGUUACAGUCACUGGUUACAUUGAACUAAACAAGGUUCUGAAAAGAGUCCAGUCCACUGGGAAGAAGGUAGAGAUAUGGCCUUACGUUCCAUAUAACUUGGUCAGGCAGCCAUAUGUGGCUGGGACCUAUGAUAAGAGGGCUCCUCCUGGCUAUGUGAGAAACCUGGAGGCAAUCACAGUUCAAAGCCAUGCAAUUAGGGAAGAGGACCAGUUCACGAAUUUGUUCAGUGAUGAUAACCCCAAUGCCUGCUCUAUUAUGUAAUGAGGAAAUUAAGAGGCUUCAGAGAAGAUGGAAAAGGAAAGAAAAGAAAU